AUGUCUUCCAAUCGAGUCAAAGUGCGUCUUGUUCCAGGUUGCUCCGACGGUGAUCCCCUCCACGUCCCCGCGCCUGGAGUGCACACCCAGGUCAAUCCUCCGACACUCUAUCUGGAAAAGAUCGGACAACAGUGGAUGCAGAGUCGAGGUGAGGCUAGGCCACGCGUACAUUACAUACUCGAAGCUCUCCCAUUCGGGUACACUUUGUGGCAGCGUCCUCGACCGUCAAAUCCAAGUCAUGUUGACAGGUACUUGUACGGCCACCCUGGAAAGAAGCCAUUCGACUCACCGAAUCGCUUCUAUCCUCACUUCGAGCACCUCAUGAACAAUGAUGGCAACAGUAUGGGUUGUCCAUGCACUCUCUGCAGUGGCAGUUCAGGCGCGCUCUCAAGGGCCACGACUACGCCAAACAGCUCUCGCACGCAAACCUCGAGCGUAGCGUCUUCUCGAAAGCCCAACUCUUCCGCUCCAACCCAGAGCCGCCAUUCCAGCGCCCAUAGUGCUCAAGGAUUGCCGCUCGCAUCAAUACCCAGCUCAACGCAAUACAAAGGCCGUCCGAAGAAGAUUACUGCGGGUCUUGACAGGACUAACGUCGAUAGUGAGGGCACGCCAGAUGUAUACAGGAAUCUUAUCGACAAGCUCCGCCGCCAUCAGCAAGUAGAUCAAGCUAUCGAAGAGCCAUUGAGUCCAGACUGGCGAGCUGAGCAAGAGCUUCUUCCCAGAUUGCUGCAUGACAUCAAGACCCAAGAGCAAUGGGUUCCCCGGACUGGCGACAUUAUCUUAUAUACACGAAGCCUGACGGAGAAUCUUGACUUAGUUCGACCACGAGGCAGCGGCGAGAUUCAAGUAUAUGAUGCGCAGCGCGAUCAAUAUCUCGGUACCCCACUAUGGGAAGCUGGUAUAGUGACAGAGACGGCUACUGGCAUCACGGUCGUCGACCUCGUCGAUCCUGUCAAGGACAAGGGUGUGUCUACCUCCGGCUUGCGUGUUGAACCAAUCCCAAACCCAAACGGUUCAGACAAGUCUCUAUCCAAGAAACACAAGUACGUCUUCUUGCGACAGACACGUCCGUUCGUUCUUUGGAGAGACCUGUUACGCCACAUCCCUCACGACGACUGGCACGCUACCAUCCUAAACGCUCUAACCCUCAUGUCCACCCUCUCCCUUUUAGGUAAGCAUCGCUUCCGUGGAACCUGGCCUAAUGCGAGCGUCUAUUGUCAUGGCAUUUAUGUCGGGUCUGAACUACUAGCAGUGGGUGAUACCGUUCGCCUACUCCCCAACACACAGUCUAGCCAGUCUAGAUGCACUGAUGUCAUGAGCAUCAAGUCUAUCCGACUGAAGUGGACCAACUUGGACAAGGCCUCGAACAACGAUUACGAUGAGGGCCGACCUUACAACUCGGAGAUCUGGAUAUACGGCUCAGCAUAUACCAGCGAUAGUUCACGCUGCAACAAGCUCUGGGUUACAGAGCAGAACGUCGAAGCUCCCCGUGUAGCAAACGGUUAUGCGCAAUGGUUUCCGUUACACCCUGCUGACAAGGAGCUUGCUAUACCCUAUUCUCGCGUCCUUGGCCGCCUGUAUGAGCGUGACGCGAUGACUUACUUCCUCCGAGCCCAACUUGGCCAUCUUCCGAACCUCGACGCUGGCCGAGAAGCUGUAGUAUAUGCGCGCUCCGCUUCACGGAAACACGAUUCGCGGAUAGCCCAAGAGCCCGACGCCACAUGGUACUGGGGCGAUGAUCGAGCUGAUGCUCUGAAUUUGCGCACGAUCAAUGGCUGUGAGGUCUCGAGAUUCGAUUCAGACCGCGACGUCAAAGACCUCCGCCGGAAUCUCCACGUCCUCGAUGGAAUAGCGAACGAAGGCGCGAAGUACGCGGAGCAGUAUGCACUACUCAGUAGCAGGGGAUUACGUGGCUUCUUGGCGCCAGCAUUGCCGUCAGGAACGAGCUCGCUUACAUUAUCGAGUGAAGAGGGAAGCACCUCUUCUACAGCAAGCCAGGGCGAACCUCCUCGAAAGCGCACGCACAUGGUCGACAUGGGGGACGAAGACGAAGGCGAUGGCUUCGAUGGUGAGGAAGAAGAAGGCGACAUCGAUGACGAGAUCCGACAGCACACAACGGUUGUGGACGAAGAUCGCGGACGUCCAAAUAAGAAGGCCAAGGUGAUGGUUGUAAUCGAUUAG